AUGCUACACGAAGAAGACGAUCCUCUCUCGGGUUCUUUUUUCGAUGGUCCAAACACCUCGUCCUCAUUCUUUGAUGCUCCGAAUGUCAACCGCUCUCCACUCACUACUACUACGUCAUUCUAUGCUUCGCAAUACGAAGAGGAUCCAUGGAGUAGCAUCGCCGGCUCUCCGUCUGUCUCCACACGAUUUAAUGAGCAGUCAAUAUCAGCCAGUACACCGGUGCUGACUAGCCCCAUGGCCGAGCAGAAUGCAUUUAUCACUUCUCCUACUACUAUGCAUCGACCAGCAACAGUGGUACCGGAAAAUAGAACUACCAGCAGCAGCAGUAGUCCUGCUAUCACCGUGUCUAAUGUUCUAUAUGGUGCUCGCUUACCGGAAAUAUAUGAUACCAUGUAUUCACAAAUCCAGCGUUAUGGCCGUAUUCCAUUACCUUCUUUGCACAGAAUGCUUGAAUCAAGUGGUGUGACAGCUAUGGAUAUUGAAAAGAUCAUGCGCAUCUCAGUUCCCAGCAUGACCAGCGAUAUAGGAAGAACAGAGUUCAACGUCAUAUUAGCAUUGGUGGCGUGUGCGCAAAACAGAAUAGCGCUUCCUGAGCCUACCUUCAAUAUCAACAACAGCAGCAACAACAGCUAUCACAGUAGACAAUCUUCUGCAACAGCACCCACACCGAAAUCCGAUCCACUAAGCAACGUAUUAAUGAAUGGAGACAAUAUCAGCACACCAUCGUCACCACCAAAAAGUCCCAAGGUCAAUGGUGCGUAUCCCGGCAUGGACGCUGCAUCCACCACCACGACCAUUCGAGAUAGCAACGAAACAAAGCAUCGCACAACGAAAUCUUUGGACACACAAAGCUGGUUUCAAAAAGUGGAAGAAAUCAAAGUAACGAUUGCGCCUGAACGGGAAGGGUUCAUUUUUUUUAAACACGUCAAUUACAUUGUCGAGAGUCAGAAACGAUCAUCCAUCGUCUUGCGUCGGUUCAGUGAUUUCUGGUGGCUCAUGGAAGUGCUAGGUCGUCGAUAUCCGUUUCGUGCACUUCCUACACUACCACCGAAAAAAGUAGGCGGAAGAGAUUCCGCAUUUCUGGAAAAGCGUCGAAAAGGUCUGUCACGCUACAUCAAUGCAGUUAUCCGACAUCCAAUGCUUCGAAAUGAUGAUAUAGUGAUCAAAUUCUUGACAGAGCCUUCAGAACUCGCCGCAUGGAGAAAACAACAUCCACCUUCAUUAGACGAAGAAUAUCGACGAGAACAGCAUAAUAUUGAAGAAAUCCAAUCGAUGAUACCCCAAACUCUGGAAGAACAGCUUCGAAAAGCCCGACAACGCGUCGAUGCCGGUAUCGAGCAUUACGUCAAUCUUUGCUUUAUUAUGGAACGCAUGAUUCGACGCAUGCAUGGCCAAGCUACCGAUUUUGUGCGGUACAGCAUCACAUUAAAUGCUUUAGCAGAAACAGAGCAUAGAUACCAUUCUGAUUGUGAACAAUGCCAACAAGUUGUUCAAGGUUAUGAAAAUGUGGCCAAACACAUGCAACGUGAAAGUACGAUUCUGGAAAAUCAAGAAUUGGAGGAACGACGCGACAAGCUGGGUGGCAGUCAGAUUGAAUCUUUAAAGAAGCGGAUAGCAAACAACAAGACCAAAGUGAAUCAACACAAGGGUGUACCUGGGUUAGAAGCUGAAGUGGCACGAUUAGAAGAGUCUUUGCGCAAUGAUCAAGCAGAGCUUCACGAUCAAGAAUGUCGCCAAUUGUAUAUUCAAUUUUGCAUGUGGUGCGAGCUUAUCUACAUGCAUAAGCAGCAAGCAUUUGUAUCUUCGCUUUACCGAAGCUAUGUGCAAGAAAUGAUGCAGUAUUCGAAAAAACGUGCUGAUAACUGGAAGGAGCUGGAAGGCCUGGUGUUCCAGAUGCCGGUAGAGGCACCUCUCUUCAAAUAA